AUUUCAGUGUGUUUAUAUUAUAUUUGUGUUAUUUUCAGUGUUUAAGUGUAAAAAACAACCUCAUUAUUUUACAUGAGACUAAAAUAUCUGCAGCUCCACGGGACCACAGACGCAUUAACAGGUUCUCCAAACAUCCUUAUGGGGGAAAAUACCUUGAAAUUCAACGUCUUUAAAACUCAACACCACUCCCAGAACCGACUGACGUCCAGUUUCAAGGUAUAAUAAAGACGUUCUAUUUUAAUAAACCUCUUACGUAGGAUUUAUUACAUCCUUUUUUACGUCAACAGUUUAGGGAAGGUCCUUCACUCAUCCAGCAUGACUGUGACCUGACUGUUUUGUACAUGAUUUAAUCCCUCUAACACCAGACACAAUAGAAAUAUUUAUUUUUGAACAGAUGAUGAAUGUAUGUUUGUUUUAACCUAAACACCAGACACUAAACAUGUUCAUGUCCUGAUGAAUAAACACAUCUGAUAUCACUGGUAUCACGUCACACGGCUCCCGAGUCUCAUCAGGACUGGUUAAACUGGUCCUGCCACUUACAAAAGACGUAAACAGAGCCGCUGGAAUCAGGAGGAGUUUCCAUGUUUCUACAGGACAAUGAGUGACCGUGAUAUAUUCAGAACGUUCUCCACCUCAGACCUUCAGACGGAACCUUCUCCCUCAGAAAUCCCAUGAUGCUUCACCUUGUAGAGGACGAGCUUGAUGGCAGGGACACGGUUGGGACUCCCUCUAACCCUCAGAAGUUUUUGGAUCAGGACUAUGAGGAGCUGCGCAGAGAUUUUGUUAAAAAUAAAGCGAGAUUUGUUGAUGAGACGUUUCCUCCCAAUGAGAGCUCCAUCGGUCCCAACCUGCUGCAUGAUGAUGCCAUGGCGAGAGUGGAGUGGAUACGACCAACCAAAAUGGUUGAAGAUCCGUAUCUGAUUGUGGAACGAGAGUCCAGGUUUGACCUCGCUCAGGGAGACCUUGGAGACUGCUGGUUUCUGGCUGCGAUCGGAGCAAUCACGUUUCAGAAGGACAUCAUGGUUGAGAUCAUUCCUGAGAACCAGUCGUUCAGCCAGGAUUACGCUGGAAUAUUUCAUUUUCGGUUCUGGAGGUUUGGAAAGUGGGUGGAUGUUGUGAUAGAUGAUAAAUUACCCACGAUCGAUGGAAAGCUGAUUUUUGUUCACUGCAAAACUAGAAACGAGUUCUGGCCUGCACUGCUGGAGAAAGCUUACGCCAAAGUGUGUGGAUCAUAUGCAGAUCUACGUGGUGGUUUGGUGUCGGAGGCUCUGCGUGAUUUUACCGCUGGAGUUUUUAUUACACUCACACUGGAGGCCGAUCGUCCCGAACCCUGGGGUCUGAUGAGACAAGCAGCUCAGCACAGAUCUCUCAUGGGCUGUGGAUCACUACACGGGGCCACUUCUGCUAACACGGAGCUUCCCAACGGCAUCGUGGAGGGACACGCCUACACCAUUACUGACAUCCUCAGUGUGCUGAGUAAUGGUGAAUCGGUGAAGCUGGUGCGCCUCCUGAACCCCUGGGGACAAAAGGAGUGGAACGGAAACUGGAGUGACGGCUCCCCGCUGUGGAAAACCGUGAGCGCCGAGGAUCGAACCAAACUGCUGCAAAGUAAAGACGACGGAGAGUUCUGGAUGUCAAUGGAGGAUUUCUGCAGAAGCUUCUCUCAGGUGGACAUCUGCUGUAGGACUCCAGCGUUCCUGGACAACUCCUCUGAGAACAGCUGGACCAGCGUGAUGUGUAAAGGGAGGUGGGAGAAGGAGACGGCCGGCGGCUCCAGAGAUUACAAACAGACCUUCUGGAUGAACCCUCAGUAUCGGAUGAAGGUUCCAGACCUGGAUGAGAAUCAGGCUGAAUCACAGGGGUUAAACCUCCUUGUGUCUCUGAUGCAGAAACCCAACAGCAGAAACAGAAAUCUGGUUCAGAACCUUCCCAUCGGCUUCAGUGUGUUCAUGGUUCCACCGGAGCUGAAGGAUCAGAACACUCUUCCAGCUUCGUCCUUCACCACCAGUUCCCCCGUGGUGGAGUCUUCACUCACGUCAGGGACUCGGGAGGUGGUGGAGUUCUUCAGACUGAGACCGGGGCAGUACCUCAUCGUACCAUUCACCGCCAAACCCAACCUCACCGCCUCCUUCAUCCUCACUGUACACAUCAAGUGUAAAAUCCAGCGCUGAUCAUGAAGAUGCUGCAAAAGACGUUCAAGCAGAAGAUGAACAAGAAUCUUCAGCUCCAACAUCCAUCAUCCAACAUCUGCCAUCUAACAUCUACUGUCCACGAGAGCCACAUAUACCAUUAAACAUCUAACAUCUACCAUCUACCACCUAUCAGAGCCACCGCUACCAUUCAACAUCUACGGUCCAACAUCUACCAUCUACCAUUUAACAUGUACCAUCUAAAAUCUAGCAUCCACCAUGUACCAUCCAACACACACCAUCCAACAUCUAACAUCGACUAUACACCAGCAAAUAUCUACCAUCUACCAGCCACCAUCUCCCAUGUGCCAUCUAACAUCUGUUAUCCACUAUUCGACAUCCAACAUCUACCAGCCACCAUUUACCAUCUAUCAUGCUCUUUUUAUUAAGUACUUGGUUGUCGCAGAAGGUCAGAGUAACCUGUCAUAUCGUGACAACCAGUUCUCAGUUCUUCUCUUUCCCUUUUAUAACCUCUUUCUCCGCUGGGGGCUGUGGAUGUUUUGUGUUUAGCAUUUGUUCCUUGGUUUCUGUUAUUUUGACCACCUCCUUUAUUUUUCCCUCAUUCCUUUUUUGUUUGUUGUAUUUGAGCCAUUAGCGAGACACGAUCACCACUGGGGUUCAGCUCAAAGUGAAUCCGAUACUGAUAUUUCUGUUUGAUAUUUUUCUGUGAUUAUUAAUGUGUUUACUAUUUUAUAAAUGUAUGUAAAAUAAAAACAGUUUGUUUUUGUC